CAACUGUUGUGCCGGGAGGUGAUCUGGCUAAAGUGCAGAGAGCUGUUUGUAUGAUCUCCAACUCCACGAGUGUCGCUGAGGUGUUCUCGAGGAUUGAUCACAAGUUCGAUCUUAUGUACGCUAAACGUGCUUUCGUUCACUGGUAUGUGGGUGAGGGUAUGGAGGAAGGAGAGUUCUCGGAGGCUCGUGAGGAUCUUGCUGCUUUGGAGAAGGAUUAUGAAGAGGUUGGUGCUGAAGGAGGUGACGAUGAGGAUGACGAGGGUGAAGAGUACUGAGAACAUUGUUUCGUUUUGUUUUCUGUUAUCCUUUGGUGUUUGCGUGAUUGGGCUCGAAACAACACUCUUGUGACGAGUUUAGUUUGUGUUUUC